AAAAUGAUGAAAUGCAGUGGUUUGGUUCUCGGAUUACUGGCCUUGCUUCUUCUAGCCAUGGCCACCAAACCAGCACACUGCAAAUACUACUCCAAAACAAUCCCCAACAUCCACCGCAAAGAGAAGGUGACGCACCUCCACUUCUACUACUUCGACAUCCUCAGCGGCACCAAACCCAGCGCGGUGGAAAUCGCACGUCCCAGCCUCACCAGAAACGACACGUCGCCCACACCCUUCGGCAGCCUCACUGCCACCGAUGACCCUCUCCGCGAAGGCCCAGAGACCAACUCAACGGUGAUCGGGAAUGCCAGGGGGAUAUACUUGUCGGCGAGCCAAUACGCAAGCCAGAUGACUUUGAUGAUGUACAAAGAUUUCGGUUUUACUGCGGGUAAGUUUAAGGGGAGCUCUUUCGGGGUGUUUUCGAGGAAUCCGAUUUGGGAGACGACGCCGCGUGAGGUGGCGUUGGUGGGCGGGAGAGGGAAGUUUAGGUUGGCUAGAGGGUUUGCUAAGCUUAGGACUCACUACUUAAAUGUUAGUAAUGGUGAUGCCGUUGUCGAGUAUAGAGUGACUCUCAUCCAUUAUUGA